AUGACGCGCUUCGAUUUGUUCUCUGGCGUGAUCGGUCCGCUGCUGUUGCUGAGUGCCGCAAGCGUGAGCACAGGAGAACCGGCAGAUCAGCAGACAAUCAACUAUGCUGUCAAACUUGGCGAAAAUGCUCAGUGCCUUGACGAGGUCAACGCUGCUCGGGAGGCUGCUGGACUUUCCAAAUUUACAGGAGCAACAGACGCUGAAAAAAAACUGCCGACACCCAAUUCAGAACUUGAAGACGACUGGAAAAAACUCUGCGAAUAUUUAAUACCGACUACAGAGGACAACGGAGAGGCGAAAGUUACCGGAAGUCCCUUUAAGAGUGGCACAUACGCUGUACAAGUGUUGACUUCAGAAACGCCGCAGUGCAGCGAAACAGUGGACUCUUGGAAGAAAGCAUACAAAAAUUUCUCCGGGCUCCCGCCGUCAAAGAGCCAAGACCCUGAGCUCUACAAAAAACAGGACAAUAUUUCGUUCGUGGCCCUGUAUAACCCCUCAACAGAAGGCACUGCAGACUGCCGGGUCGCUACUUGCACGAAAACGGUAAGCGCUGGCGUAGGAGUGCUAAACGGUGGUGAGACAAGUCAGCCUACGGAGAGAGGCCAAGCGUUGAUUUGCAUGACUACUCCUGAUGUCUUUCAAGAUGCAUCAUCGGCCCCAUUCACGCAAGAGCAGUGGGAUAAGAUCAUUACCUCUCUCACCGGCUCCGCCUCUGCUGCAGUUCCACGCCUAACUGCUUUUGCUAUUGUGUUGCUCAGCACGUUGCUGGUGCUGUGA